AUGGGUCAAACACCAUCACAGUUUAUGGAGGACAUGCAGAAGCGGUCCAACUUCACAUCCGCUGAGCUGGAAAGAUUGAAGAAACGCUUUAUGAAGCUAGACAGUGACGGCUCGGGCUCCAUAGAUCGCGAAGAAUUUCUGCAAAUACCACAAAUAGCUACCAACCCAUUAGCCUCAAGGAUGAUUGCAAUCUUUGACGAAGAUGGAGGAGGGACUGUGGACUUCCAGGAGUUUGUGGGUGGUUUGAGCGCAUUUAGUAGUCGAGGAGGGCGAGAAGAGAAGCUACGAUUCGCAUUCAAGGUUUAUGAUGUGGAUCGAGAUGGGUUCAUUUCCAACGGAGAGCUGUUUCUGGUAUUGAAAAUGAUGGUCGGGAAUAAUCUCAAGGAUCAACAACUGCAGCAGAUUGUCGACAAGACGAUCAUGGAGGGCGAUCUAGAUCGUGAUGGGAAACUCAGCUUCGAAGAGUUCGCCCAGAUGGUGUCAAACACGGACAUUGUCAAGCAGAUGACGCUUGAAGACCUCUUCUGA